UUGAAGCAAGAGAUACUUAUAAAGCUGAGAUCCUUAAAGAUGGACUGAACCUUCUCCCAAAUUAUUAUGAGGAUGGAAACUUUCCAUCAGUUCCAUGGCAUGCUCAUAACAUACUUGUAUCAUUUAUAAAGAAUGGAAGAAACAUGUCUUCCAAACAACUAUACGAGUAUUAUGCUAUUAAUAAUGAGUUCCCAAAAUGGAUCAAUGAUCUCUUCAGAGGUGAAUUGCAUGCAUUAUUUAUCCAAUGCAGAAACCUUGAUGACUCCAAAUCUAAUGCAGUAAUUAAAAAGUUUCUAAAAAUCUUGGUUCCAGAAAUAGAUGACCAAAAUUUUGAUGAUGCAGCAUCAAGAUUUCAUUCCAUCUUUAUUGAAUGCCGACAUGUUCUUUGGACAAGGAUUAACAAAUUGUUUGAGGAUUUGCAGAGAAGAGCAAAAAGUAAUGAGAUUAAUAAGAUUUUUGCUGCAAUGACAGCAAGGAAUGUUCAAAAAGUGUGGCAGCAGUUUCUUGUUAAUAUUAAUAUUUCUGCUAUUUGUGAAAAAUCUACCAUCACCAAUAAUUUUGAAAAGUUACUUUCUGAUGUGGUUCAUGCUGGACUAUGGACAAUAAAUUUUUUUCAACCUAAAGAUGCUCAAGCAAUAUUUUUUAACUUAAAUAAUAACUUGUACACUGUCAAUUUGAAUGUUUUAACUCCUAGUGGUUGGAAUGUUGCAUCAUCAAUUGAUUUAAGUUGCUACAACUUUACAGUUCAAAAAGGUCCUGAAGCUAUUAAAUAG